CUUCCACUAUCUAGAUAGGGGCUACUAUCUUUGUCCCCAAUACUAACGCCGUCUCGUACUGAAUCAAAAAAAUUCCUCACUUCUCCACUGGAAGAUUUCGUCGAUUUUUCUCACAGAGGUUAUUGUUUUGAAUCUCUGUGUUAUCCGUUAGCUACUUAUACUUGCUGUUCGUGUGGGUUUUACGGAGCUUAUAAUGCUGGUGUUGUAGUUGUAUCCAAUUAUCCUUUAACUUUGUCUUCUUUGAACCAAAUUGCAAACCCCUAAAGCCUUUGAUUACUUUCUCCAAAGAUCGAAAAUGGUAUUGGGAUUGUUGGUAGGGUUAGGAAGAUCAAUGAGAAGAAAGAGAACAUCAUCUCUUUCUAUUCUCUCUUCUAAACGUGCUCCUAAAGAUUAUUACAAAGGAAAAAACUGUAAACCUACUGGUUUCCAUACCCGCAAAGGUGGAUAUGUUGUUGUUGAUGAGAAAUUGCCAAAUUAUGUUGUUCCUGAUCUGACAGACUUCAAGUUGAAGCCAUAUGUUUCGCAAUGUGCGGUAGGGGUGAAAACUGCAGAGGCUGCUACGAGUGCAGCCAAGUGAAUAUGCGGCAAACUGAGCAAGUAUUUGAAUCAUCUGUUCAUUUUCUGAUAUGUUUUCUAAGAUUUUCUGGAACAUAGAAACAGAGCCGUCUUAUAGGCCAGCUAUGCUAUUGCCUAGAGCCUCACAUUGUUGGGCCCAAAAUUUUAAUUUUUCAUAAGGUCUAUUCUUCUUCUUUUCUUUUUUUUCUUCUUUUUUUUAAGCAUUAAAAUGUUGUUUGUUCUGUAUGUACCGCCUACUGCUUUCCAAUUCCAUCUAGCUAUCUCCUUUUGCACACUUUUAUCUAAGAAUAUCAGAAUUAAUGUAUUAAUCAGUUUUCUU